GGUCCACACUCCAGACCAGUUGGUGGCAGUAAUGCACCGGAGACGUUGGUUGUUAACGGCCAUAUAAAAAUUUCAGAAGAAGAACGGUAUGAUACACGUCUCUUCCUUUAUGCGGUAUCUGUUCUCUUUUCAUGGUACUUCUUGUCUGCAACUAUCGAGAACGUUUUGCAACUGAACGUAACCCUGAUCUUUCAUUCUAGUUUCUCCACCCAUUUCACCUCCCCGGAUUCUCUUAGUUACAGUGUAGGUAGUUAGUUAGAUUAUCAUCAAGCCUGUACUGGGUGCCGUCAUAUGAUGGUGGAUACAAUACGAUUCGUGAUAUAGUGGAGCGAAAAAAGAAUGGCAAAAUCGUCGAUAGGAAACGGACAUGAUACAUUUGGGCACGUUAUCCUGCUGAAAGAGGCCAAUGCAUCAGGGAAUACCAUUGCCAUGAAAAGGUGCCCAUCGUCUGCAACAGUGCUUAGUUGUUGACCAGACUCCAAGAGUUCUAUAAACCAACGUGCUUAUCCUAUGGUAAUGACGAAUGGAACUGACCUUGUCAAGUAUUGAACUUUGAUUAUGGAACACCCACUAAUGGAUUACGUAAACUCUUCGGAACCAGAAGGAGAUGCAUUCAUCUGUGCAGAAUGUGGGGAUGGAUUCAGACGCUACCUCGACUUAUUAAAACACAUGACUAUUCAUCAACGACUCAGGACUCAUGAGCAAACCGAUUCAUUUUCCCUUGUUGGUUUGCCCAAUGGUUUUCAAGGUCCUCGUGAGUAUGCUCUCCAUGAAAAUGGAACUUUCAUGGUGGUUGACAGGUCAGGGCAGUCAAAUAUCCCUUCUUUUGUCAAACCGUCAUCUUCAACUCCUUCAUCUUAUCAGAAUUCCAAGCCGAUUGUACUCAUAUCUAAGCCAGCAAAAACUGAUCUCCAUGUCAACACAUUGUCUCACUCCCAGUACUGCAGUAUCUCUCCUCUAAAGCAGUACCGAUGUGAAACAUGUGGAAAAUUGUUUAACAACCAGCUAAGUUUACAGCGACAUCAGCAGUAUCGAAAUUUAGAGCAAGGUUUUAAGUGCACUUUGUGUUGCAAAAUAUUUGAAGAUAAAGAGAGAUUAAGGAAACAUCUACAAGAACAUGCCCAUGAGAGAUUUUACUGCUGUGGUCACUGUGGAAAAAGGUUUCUGAAACGAGAGACUUUGUAUGCACAUCAGAAAGAGCGGCAUAGAUUGCUUGGGCUCAGAAAAAAGUCUGAUAAUGGUCAAGAAAACAUUGUACAUAAAACAUAUCCCUGUAAAAAGUGUAAGUUGUGUUUUUUCUGGCUUUCUGACUUGCAGAGCCAUUUACUCAGUCAUUCCAAAGAAAAAACACUCUUCGUAAAUACUUCAUCCAAUUUAAAACAAUCUCUGAAAGAUGAGCAAUCACAUACUAUAGAGUACUGUAACAGUACCCCUACGGAUGUGACCAAACAGUACAGCAGUGGCACCUCUACUGAUGUGAACAAACCGUACAGAAGUGGUACGCCUACGGAUGUGACCAAACCGUACAGAAGCGGCACCCCUACGGAUGUGACCAGACUGACCAGACAAUACAACAAUGGCACACCUACUGAGGUGACCAGACAGUACAACAGUGAUGCAGCUAUUGAUGUGAAGACCCACAAUGACAAAUCUGAUUCCAAAACACCAUCCUCUUUUAGACCCUACCGCUGUGGUUUGUGUGGUGAUCGCUUCCAGCAGUUAACAGAUCUAAAGGAGCACCAUCUUACCCAUCAAACACAAGAAGAAAUUGACAAAUUAAAGAAAGAAUCUGAAUCACAAAGAGUUGUAAAAAGGCGCCGAAGGUAUUCUGGCAUUGAGUGCAUUGUAACGCAGGCACCAGCAAGGAAGGGCGGAAGGCCCCCACUUUAUAAAAAAGGCUCUGGUGCUAAGGUACAUCCAUGCAAGCAUUGUCACCGUGUUUUCAGUCACUCUAGUAGUUUGUCUCGGCACAAUAGAUACCACAAAGGGACUCUACACACUUGUGUUCUAUGUGGAAAACAUUUUCCACAACGCUGUGAUGUCCGGAGGCAUAUAGCAAUGUAUCACAAACCUGAAUUGGAGAAGAAGCCAAGUCUUAAGUACUUGGCAUUGCAUUCGAAACCAGAAGGUGGGUCCCAGCUAAAUUCUGAUUUGUUGGAAGAGAACACAUCUUUCACUAGAAACCCCAAGAAGUCUUUGGACAAUGUUGGAGCAGAAUUCUAUAUUGAUAAUGGUGAAGAGCAGCAAACUGGAUCUCCGGGAGAAGCAUCAACUGCUCCUAAGGCACGGGGGAACUACAAGUGUGACGAAUGUGGGAAAAGGUUUGGGCUGCUCUGUGUAUACCAACGGCACUUGCGUUAUCAUAAAAGGGAACCAGGUAGUGAAAUGGUUAAGUGCCCUCGAUGUCCAAGUCGCUUCCGGAGUUCCUCUGCUCUAGAGCGCCAUCUUGAGAACCACCCAAGUCAGUCAGGAGGAGAAACGGACAUGGAAGGACAGUCAUCUCCCACUGCAGAUUCUAAUCAUGAUCCAGACAUGGACACUGACCAUGACAAUGUAGAGGAUUUGGAGGGUCAGGGGGACAUUGAUAUGGGUGAAAAGAGCGGUCCAGCAGAAGUGCUCUACGAAUGCACUGAGUGUACAGAGACUUUUUCCUCUUUGCAGAAGUUUCUGAAGCACCAGAGUUCUCAUGGAUCAGAUAACCUUGGAUAAUGUAAAGGAUACGUGUGAUUUCUUCUGGGGGCAAAGCUCAAUUUAAGAUUGUUGCACAUAGCACAUAUUUGCAAAAAAGCUAUGCCAAUGUCAGUUCAUUGUGAAAGUCAUAGUUAUGUGCAGAUAUUACAUUAGGAUUAUUUUCUUUGAUGAAGCAGUUUAACAAAAGUAUUUAUAUAUAUUUUUUCUUUAAAUUGAGGAACUACAAACAAAGGGGUGAGGGGUGGGUAAGACUUUCUGAUCCUGAGUAUGAUGUAUGACACUGUAGCACUGCAAAGAUCAAGAUGGCGACUGUUAAGAACUGGGAAUUAUAAAAAUGUUAUGUAUUUUGUACGAUCAUGUGAAUUUAAGGUUUGUUUGUAUCAAUGUUUUUACAUUUGGUUGUCUGCUUAAAUCUUGGACUUUAUCCUUGGGAAUGCCAUAGCGCGGUAAUCUUGUCCUUAUAUAUUCUGAGGCAUAUUUAAGAUGGUAGUAUCUGAAAAUGUGCUAAAACCCUAGUGGAUAUUCACUUUUUUGCAGAUUGAUUUGGACCUAUUAAGUGUUGAAUGCAGUUCUAUUGGGAUUUCUUUUUAUAUAACUUAAUUAUUAAGCAUUUGCAAUAGUCAGUGCUGUAAAACCAUGGAGUCUUGGACGUGAUAAAAAAUCCUGUCAUGUGAGAUCGUUAAAGACUUCUUUGCAUUUCUCACAUGAUCGUUCCACUAUCUAGAUUUCUGUCCUCUGAGUGGCCACUGAUGUGUUAACACAUGAUCAGAAUGCUGCCACGUGCCGGUAUGUAUUGUAUUUUAUGUAAAUGAGUAUCUUUCAAAUGAUAUUGUUGAUUCCUUUAUUGCCUAUCAAACGUGAGCAUAUGCAUUGUUUCCAAUUGAUAUUUUGUGCCAUUAAAGUUGAAAGAUACAAUUCGUA